AUGCCCCAGGGUGACCCCAAUCCCGGUCUCUCUCUGAGUCUGUACCCACUGAGCCCCAGGGGUGACCCCAAUCCCUGUCUCUCUCUGGCUGCUGGUCUCACAGGUGCUGUGGCCAGUAAUGAGGUGAAGCAGAAACUCCAAGAGUUUCUGUUGAGUAAAUCAAACAAGGACCUGUCUACUGCCGGAGCCACACACAUGCUCAUCCACCACCCCAAGCUCUGGUACACGUCCUCCCACCACACGUCUCUGGACCAGAGUUCUUCUCCCUUGGGAGGCAUGUCUCCUGUCUGCCACUAUACACUCCCCUCCCCUCAGGACGGACAGGACGACUUCCCACUGAGGAAAACAGCCUCAGAGCCCAACCUGAAGGUGAAGUCUAGACUGAAGCAGAAAGUAGCAGAGAGGAGGAGUAGUCCACUGCUGAAGAGGAAAGACAGCAACGUCAUGACCCCCUACAAGAAGAGGGCCCUAGAAAUGAUGGACUCUACAGUAACUAACAGUGCCCCAGGCUCAGGACCCAGCUCUCCCAUCGGAGCCUCCAGCGCCCUGGGGGCUGAGAACGGGCCCUCCUCUCUCCCCACCACCACAAAAACCGAGCGCUGGCCAUCACAGCCUAGGUUAUUUCGUCCAGAGGGCUCCAUGUCCAACCUUCUGAGCUUAUACACGUCUCCCUCCUUACCCAACAUCACCCUGGGCCUCUCCGCCACCUCCUCCCAGAUCAGUGCUGCCAUCGGGCUGAAGGAGAAGACUGGGGAGGUCAGGCAUGGUCUACCAGGGCAGCUCCUGGGGCCUGUGCCCAUGCCCACAGUGACCUCCAUGGAGACCAAGGUGUCCCCCAGCCAUCAGGCCCUGCUCCAACACCUCCUUCAGAAGGAACAGAUAAGACGGCAGAAGAUCCUCUCCUCCUCUGGUCAAGGCACCAUGCCCACCCACCCCCACUCCCCUCUGGCCAUGAAGGACAGGCCCUCCUCCAACAGCAGACCCAAGCUACCCAAGCACCGGCCCCUGAACCGGACCCAAUCAGCCCCUCUGCCCCAGAGCACCCUGGCUCAGCUGGUCAUCCAGCAGCAACACCAGCACUUCCUGGAGAAGCAGAAACAAUACCAGCAGCAGAUCCACAUCAAUAAGCUGCUGUCCAAGUCCAUCGAGCAACUCCGUCAGCCCAGCUCCCUGGUCAACCCACACCUGCAGGAGUCAGAGGAGGAGGAGGAGGACAACACCCGGAGGAUGGCGGAUGAGAGGAUGGACAUGCAGGAGGACAGGAUGCCCCCUGGUGGCGUGAUCCAGAAACACACCCUUCGCUCCAGCAACAGCAGUGGCAGCAACAGCUCUCUCGGGGAGCUGUCCUCCAUCGUAGAGGCCCACCACCGCCUGGGGGUCAUAAAGGUCAAAGAGGAGCCAAUCGACAGCGAGGACGAGUCCCUGUCCAGUCAGAGCCUAGCGGCGGAGCAGACGGCCUCACUCCACCAGGUCAAAGGUCAGCUGGUGAUAAGAGCUAUGAUCUGAGGGGGCAGAAGAUGAAGGAGAUCACACACUGCGACAUUCAUAGACGCAUACGUAUAUACAAACACACACACAGACACACACACAUACACACACACACACACACACUGCAGCCAACACACACACAGAGCCGACUAGGACUCCCCAGGCAGUCCUCUCCCUGCCCUGAGAUGUGACGCUGUCUCAGUGAAGUGCAGCCGCACCCCAAACCCCCACCAGACUGACUCUCUGUUUGUGAACUUUGUGAAGUGAUCUGUAAUGUAAAGUAUGUUUCACCGUGCUGUAUAUAACAUGAAGAGAAGAUUUACUAGAAGAGUGCUCCUUCUUUUUUUACUUCUAAGGAACUGCUUUGAUUGUUUUCAGGUUCUGCUCAAUUGACAGAAUGUAGUAUGUUUGUAUACAGUAGAUUUAGCGUAAGAGAAUAUUCUAGAAGGGAUGGAAAGUUUAACCGUUGUACAGUUUAUGAAUGCCAUUUUAUGUUCCCAUAGUGUAACAUUUAUGCCAUCAAUUCACUUCAACUUUGACUUGCUGACUGUUGUUGUUUUAUUCAAAUGUCAUAUUCUCCGU